AAAUACGACCAUCGAGCCAAUUAUUGGGUAACAGAACAGAAUUGAAACAACAGAAUAUAUAAUCGAAAUAUGGCAGGAUUAAGUUUUGAUAACUAUCAAAGAAAUAACUAUUUGACCACCCAAGGGUUUGGUGCACCAAAGGCCACAUCUACAGGUACUACGAUUGUUGGAUGUAAGUUUAAAGGAGGAGUUGUGAUUGCCGCUGAUACUAGAGCCACUGCUGGUCCUAUCGUUGCUGAUAAGAAUUGUGAAAAAUUACAUCGAUUAGCUCCAAGAAUCUGGUGUGCUGGUGCUGGUACUGCUGCUGAUACUGAAAUGGUUACUCAAUUGAUUGCCUCCAAUUUAGAAUUACAUUCAUUAUAUCAAAGUCGUAAACCAAGAGUUAUUACUGCUUUAACAUUAUUAAAACAACAUUUAUUUAAAUAUCAAGGUCAUUUAGGAGCAUAUCUUAUUUGCGCAGGGGUCGAUCCAACAGGAGCACAUUUGAUGUCGGUUCAAGCUCAUGGAUCAACUGACAUUGGGUCUUAUCAGUCAUUAGGAUCUGGUUCUUUAGCUGCCAUGGCAGUUUUAGAAACUGAAUGGAAAGAAGAUUUAACAAAAGAAGAAGCCAUGAAAUUAUGUGCUAGUGCAAUCGAAGCCGGUAUCUGGAAUGACUUGGGUUCCGGUUCAAAUGUCGAUCUUUGCGUUAUGGAAGUUGGUAAAGAUGCUGAAUUACAUAGAAACUACUUGACUCCAAACGUCAGAAGUGAAAAGGCUAGAUCUUAUAAAUUCCCAAGAGGUACCACUGGAGUCUUGAGACAGAAUAUCCGUGAUAUAGUAGACGUCGAAGAAACCGUGAUACCUUUAGGUGGGGAUGCAAUGGAAGUUGAUGCUUAAAUAGUUUAAUAAAAAAGAUAGUAA